AUGUGCCAUAUUUUAUCUGCUGAAUACAAACUGGAAUGUGGAGUAAGCAGGGGGAUUAUUUCACCGAAGCUAUUUAACCUGUACGUUAACGAGCUGAUAGGCGGGCUCAGCAGCAUGCAUGCAAGAUGUUACGUGGGAAGCACUUGUAUAAAUAACUUAAACUAUGCUGAUGACAUGGUGCUGCUUAGCCCGUCGGUCAAUGCGUUCACGCAGAUGCUUGAGACUUGUAAGGAGCAUGCCAUGGUACAUGGAUUAGAAUACAACCCGGAGAAAAGCGAGGUCAUGGUGUUUAAGGCGGGUAAAAUUAAACCGUAUUAUAUUCCUCCUAUUAUGUUAAAUAGACUUCCGUUGAAGGUCACAGAUAAAGUAAAGUAUCUUGGUCAUAUUUUAACAAGUGAUCUCAACUAUGAUCUGGAUGUUAAAAGACAGCGCAGGGCGUUGGCGCUUCCAGGCCAUCAUACGCAAAAAGAUUGUCUCGCUGAUGAGUCGCGUGAGGCUCAGUACUACAGUAUUCUAAAUGCUAUAGCGGGAAGGUAUGAUUGUCCUAUCCUGAAACAUUGGAUAGUGCAAGUUAAGGGCGUAGCCCAGUUUGAAACAUAA